AUGGCCUCCGGGAGCACGAACCCGCGUCCUGCCCAGGAUGACGCAUGGGAUAAGCCCAUCGAUAUUUCUGAAUGGGAGGGACUGACAGUCGCCGAAUUGAUUUGGAAGUACAAAGGCGUCGUCAAGCAUUAUCGUUUACUCGAAGACACGAUCAUAGCCAAAACACGGGAUUUUGAGGAAAGAAUGACCGACCAACAGAAAGCCGAACCCCUUUACCAGAAGUUAGUCUCUGGGAAUGACGCGGAUAUGGCUCGAGCGGAGGUAGAAAUGAAUCGGCUCACAGCUUGCUAUCAAAGCAUGCUUAAACGCAAGGUACAGGGGGUCGUGGACGAAAUCGAGAGAAGGGAGGCUGCGAGCAACCUCGUCCUCAUGGCGAACCCGGUGGUCGGCGCCGAGGGGGCUGCCGCGGAUCAGAGCGACGAGGGGGUUGCCGCGGACAAGGACGACGAGGAAACUUCUGCAAAUAAGGAUGAUAAGGGAAAGGCUAGUGCCCCAGCUCAGCCUGUAAACCAAAAGGAGCAGAACCAACGUCGUGCAAAAGCCCGUCGGGCAAAAGCCGCUGCCAAGGCUGCCGCCGAACAGGAAACUUCUGCGAACAAGGAUGAUAAGGAAAAAACUAGUGCCCCAGCCCAGCCUGUAAACAGAAAGAAGCAGAAACGACGUCGGGCAAAAGCAGCUGCCAAGGCUGCCGCCAAACAGGAACAUGAGCAGGAACAUGCUGCUGCGAACGGCCCGCCGAGCCCGUCUUCCACUGCCACGAGCCUGUCUUCCACUGCCAGCGCCACUUUUACGCCGCUGCCCGAGAGAGCCUUCCUUGAACUGCGACUCCGGCAUGGGAUGGCUCAACCUUGA